UGAAUGUAAAACCGAAAUGGACAUGAAUGUACCGAAAUGGACACAAACACGGUUUAUUUAUGUGCCCGUCUGAUUUAACAACAAUUCUCGCACACACUGAGACUGAAAACGUGCUGAAAGUAACGGGAUUUGUGUAAAAGAGACAGGCGGAGAGACCGGAAGGUCCGGGAUGUAGAGGGUUAAACAGGACGCUGUGGUGAACGUGUAGAGCUCUACUGUAGUGCACCACACACUAUAGUGCAGCCAAUGGGAUGCGCGCGCUGCAUGACUCGAGCACUGCUUUUAUGCGCUUUCACACGGGAAUAAACACGUUACGAAAGGAUUCAUAUGCGCUAUGAGACGCCAUGGAGUAUCGGGUUAAACCUGCGGCGUUAAACGGCGGCGCGGAGACGCGGAAAAGGUCCAUUACUACCUUUUACUCUCACAAAUGGAUUAUUCAUCAUUCUUAAGGGUACUGAUAAGAGUAUUUUGGCUUUUGCUAAAUAACACACAGCUGCAACCAUGAAUUCAAACAGCUUGCAGCAAAAUUUUAUCUUGUUUCUUGAAAAGACAAAAGAGGCUCAAGAGGUACCCAAAAUCCUCAAUGGGCGUCUGUGUUGUGAAAAAUGCCGCUUUUCAACCAAAGACACUGCUUUAUUUGAGAGGCACGUUGCUCAACAUGAGGAAGUGACCUUUUCCUGUACUAUCUGCAACCACAUCUCCUACUCAAGAGUUGAAUCUCAACGACAUCUUGUUAAACACAAAGGCUCGUUUCCCUACAAAUGCAAUUUUUGCUCUUACGGAGCAGUCAGGAGGGACUACAUGGUAAAACACAUUCAGAGGAUACAUGGGAAGCCUGCAGAUGGAAUCUUUACAACUGAAUGUACUAAAAAAGUUGAAGGGCCUAAAGGGCUUGGCCAACUUGCACCAAGAACUCUGGGUGGACCUUCACAUGAUAUAAAGGUUGUGAGCCAUUCAGCCGGAAAUGUGUCCGGUCUACUUCCUAGUGCUAAUCAAACAAGACCUAGUGCACCAUAUCGUGUUACAAGUACAAGUUCCAAUCCACCCAUUAUUAAGCCUCAACCCUUUGUUGUGCCCAGUAGUACCCAAACUGUGGGUAAAGUUACACAAGGAAUCAUUAAUCCAACAAACAUCACUGCUAAAGAAGCAAUAGAAUAUGUUAAAAAAAGGAGCGAAAAAACAUCCUUGGAAAAGACUGCUGUAACAAGUACACUUCCCAGAGUUCAUAUUGGCAUGUCUGGAGAUCGUCCAAUUCAGCAAAAGCCACCACUUCAGAGCCAAGUAGUAGGUACCACAGAGAAGACAACAACUGUUUUCAAAACAAUGCCAAAAUUGCAAGUUGGAAUUCCAGUCAGUAAUAAUAACCAUCUGAAGACACUUGUCAGCAACCAAUGCGAAGCUCCUGUAGCACAAAAGGCAGUUAUUUCUGGAGCUGUACAAAAUAUUCAAGUGGCACAACGGUCUGUUCCAUCUUCAACUAAUCCCACUGUUGAGCGAUUCAGACAAGGAAUGCCAUCCAUAAAACAUAUUGUUCAGACACCAGGAAAAAAUAGUCCACGAAAGGCAAGACCUAAUAUCUUUGUGAGGACACCACCUAUGACUGUUGAGUCAAGUACAAAGUCAAGUGGACAAGUGGGAUAUUUAUCACCCUUAAGCCAACACAGCAGACCCUUGAUUGUAUCAGGUCCUGAAGACAGAAAUCCUCCCCGGUCCAAUGUUCAAGUAGAAUUGCUAGCACCUUUAAACCAGCCCAUACAACACAACAAACCCUUAACAGUAUCAUGUCCCGAAGAGAUUACCAUCCCUGCUGGAUGCCUUGUUGAAUUGGUGGAGGUGAAAAACAUUAAUGGUACGCACGAACUGGAGCUUCGGUUAGUGCCACAGCAGCUUCCUGGACCUCAACCGAAGGACUUAAAAAGUACUACUGUAACUUCAACAACAAGCAGAUUGUCAUUUAAAUGUAGAGUCGCUACAGAUGAUAAUCAACCAGUGAACAUGGACCAGGAAAUCAAUACCCCAAAGGCAAAUGCCAUUCCUCAGCAUUUAGUUCAGCGAUCACAUCUAAAGAAACUUUUAUCAGAUGACAAAGUAAAUAUCAAAAACGAAACCAAGGUGAAUGAGAAACUGCUUUGUUCAAGGAAAAAUGGGACACAGGCACCAGGAACUUCAAAUAAAUGGUUCCACACUGUCUCUAAGUCAGUAGUGUCUAACUCUCCAGAAUCAAACAAGUUUAUGCAACAACCAUGUGCCAGACAAAAAAAUGUUGUGACAGAAUCGGCUAAGCCAUCGUCUCAUACGCACUGCUCAAACAAAAACCUUUCUACAAAUGGAAUUAACAAGAACAGUACAACUAAAGGUCUUCAAUAUGAGCUCAGAGCUGCCCAGCCACCAACAAACAAACAGGAAGAUGCAGAAUUAUGUUAUCAAGGACUCCCUGUGAUUUCCUCUGUUUUUUCACUGUGCCCAAUUUCUCAAGAUUCUCCAAGCCAGAUUCACACAAUAGAAGGAGAGGCUCAGAUAUCCAUAGUUUCAGAAUCAAAAGAAAGCCAAAACAACGCUGACAACCCAAAGGCCUGUAGACCUAACCUGAAAACAGAAGAUGAAGCCAGACUGUUGAUUGACCGUCAGCUUACUGAGAAAAAGGUUGAAAUUUUAGAAGAACCCAAGGCAUCUGAGGAUAUAAUGAAAGAAAAGCUAGACACCAUGGCAGAGAAAACAUAUGAAAAUGAUGAGGACAAGAUUUCAUCAGAACUCUGUAGAUCUUCCACCAAUGCUCUACAGACAGAUCCACCGUCCAAUAUGAAAAGUUCAUCAGGAAGCCAGAGUGAUCAAUGCAUGCAGCGUGAAAAAAUGGAGACAACAAAGUUGGAAUCAGAGAAGAGCUUGCUUGCACAGAGUGAUGAUCCUUUCGCUUCGAACAUGAAUCCUAUAGUAACAUUGAUCAGAAUGCCAAGCUUGGAAAUUUUUUCCCUUUCAGAAUCUGCAAAUAAAGAGAAACGAGACAGCGAAGAAAGUAUAACGGCGCGUCCUGUCGUCUGCUGCAUGUCAGACCAGCAAAACCUACAAGAAAAGACAAUUAAGCUGGUUUUAAAGAGGAAAACCUCUGAAACUUGUACUGCCCAAGAUGAAAAAAUAGAACUAGUAUGCAUUAAUCUACCCCCCAAAACCAAGAAGGCUAAAAAAGAAAAGAAUAGAGCUAAGAAACACAAGUCCUCUAAAGACCAACAGUUGUUGGGGAAAGAUACGAUGGAAAGCAUGUGCUUGGUGCCGCUAAAAGACGAUCAACUAGUCAAAUAUCCAGGACCAAAUCAACCUGUGGUGGUUCUGAACCAUCCAAAUCUGCUAGUCCAGAUGGCCAAUAUAGAAGGUCAGACCUCAACUAAUCAGCACUGUAGAAACCCAACUCCUGUCCUCUCUAAUCAGGAUGGAGCCAUCCUGUCCACCCCUGUGAGGACAUGUCCAGCGUUUAAAAUGACACUGAAGAAAGUCCAGGGACAGGAGUAUCAGGUCACUGAGCUUCUUUUGAAAGGUGUCUGUGAAAACACUGUGCUCUGACAAAAUCUGUUUCUAAGAAACACUGUUUUAACAAAUCCUGGUUAACCAUGUUCAUCGAAAGUGUCUCCUCCAUCUGUACACCUUUGGUAGUUCUUAAGCUAGCUUCUUUAUGAGCUAGAUAGAUGCUGCAUUUGGUACAGUAGGAUGUAGCUGUUUUGGACAUCAGGCUCUAAGGUGGUUUGCUAAAAACAGUAUUGGAAUGGAACGAAAGACUUUCUUUUUUUAAAACAGUAUUUUUACAGUGUUUCAAGUACCCGUGUUUUGGAACUCUAUGUCAAUUAAACGUUAUGUACGUAGUAGUAGUACUUCUCUUUGAGGGAUCCAAAUUCCUAAUCAGGAGUAAAUCUUGAGUAAAUUGUUAAUACAUGUACAGCAAAAGCUUUAAUGAUUGUAUAUAAAGAAGUUCAUUUUUGUAUAAAGAAACCUUUUUUUUGUACAUUUGACCCAAGAAAUCAACAUGUCCAACGUCACAUUGUCAGAUAUUUUUCUGUCAUAUAUUUGAAUAUUAACCACAGAAGCAUUAUUUAAUUUUUAAAAAAAAAUCUUUUUAAAUUUUUAUUUAUUCUAUCAUAGAGUUCGAAGGCUCUCUAAAUGCUUUAUGUAUGUGAGAAGUCUGAACUCGUGUAAUGUGCCAACAUUAAUAUCGAAGUGUUACACAGGUCACUAGUUGAACUGAUGGCCGACAUGAUGUCAAAGCUUAUAGGAACUUCUUAACAUGUUUGGAUGUUAUUAAAUUCACUAUAAAUUCUGACAAAUACAUUAUAUCCAUUUUAGAUUCAUCAGUCAAUGUAUAAUGUUCUUCUAAUCUGUUCCACAGAUUAGAACACACUACAGCACUGAAACCACUGAUUGAUUGUUUAAACCUGUUUGAGAUGCAGUGAAAGUUUAUCCACUGAAAUUCAUUUAUUACACUAUACGACUAUAAACUGCAUCUCAGAACAUUUCCACAACGUCCUGGUCAAUAUGUAGACCACAAAUGUAUGUAGUUUUUUUUUUAAUUUUAUAUUGUUUAUUUGACUGUGGUGAAUUUCAAUUAUUUUCAAGUACUCAAGUGUAUUUUCAUUGACUUUU